UUCAUUUUCUUCCCAAAAGCAGAAGGUUUUAUUUUUAAAAUAAAGCUGUUUGUUUGGAACAUCUGAGCACUGCUUCUUGAGGGACCACAGAGAUGAAUGGCUUGGGAGCCCGACUGGGAAGGCAUACGCUCACCCUCCUUUUGCUGUUCCUUUUUCAAAUUCAGAUCCUCUGUCUCAACGUUGACAGCCGCCCUCCUCCUGAUGUCUGCUCCACACACACGGUUUUACCUGGACCGAAAGGGGAUGACGGUGAGAAAGGAGAAAAAGGAGAAGAGGGAAAGCAUGGAAAAGUGGGCCCCAUGGGGCCAAAAGGAACUAAAGGAGAACUGGGUGAGGUAGGAGACCAAGGCAUCCUUGGCAAAAUUGGACCAAUUGGUGAAAAGGGUGACAAAGGGGAGAAAGGCUUGCCUGGUGCCUCAGGGGGAAAGGGCAGAGCAGGUACUGUCUGUGAUUGUGGAAGAUAUCGUAAAGUUGUUGGACAGCUAGAUAUUAGCGUUGCACGGCUCAAGACAUCCAUGAAGUUUGUCAAAAAUGUCAUAGCUGGGAUUAAGGAAACAGAUGAAAAAUUCUAUUACAUUGUACAAGAGGAGAAGAGCUACAGGGAGUCCCUGACCCACUGCCGAAUCCGUGGAGGAAUGCUAGCCAUGCCCAAGGAUGAGAGGUCCAAUCAAGUGAUUGCUAAAUAUGUCUCAGACAGUGGCUUCUUCAGGGUGUUCAUUGGGGUGAAUGACCUAGAGCGGGAAGGGCAAUACGUGUUCACAGACAACACUCCACUACAGAACUACAGCAACUGGAAGGAGGGUGAGCCCAGUGACCCCUAUGGCCAUGAGGACUGCGUGGAGAUGCUGAGCUCUGGCCACUGGAAUGACACGGAGUGCCACCUCAGCAUGUACUUUGUCUGUGAAUUUGUGAAAAAGAAAUGAUCUUCUGGUACCACUUCCCUAUGGUUAUGACUAAACUUUGGAAUAACCUUUUUUACUCAAUAUGUUUUGAUUCCUCUCCCCACCCCCGCCAUCAUAAGCAAUGUCAGGUUGAAGCUUGGGAUAUUCAUAACCACUCUUCCCUUUAGUGCUAAAAACAAAAACAAAAACAAACCAAAAGAAACAAGUGAAAACUUUGCCGUUACUGACUAAAACCCUCACCGGAUAACAUGGGCAUCUAGGGAAGGUUUAAGUUCGUGUGCGUAUACAAUUUUAGAUUAGACUAUCUUUUUGAAAUUUCUCUACUUUGUUCCUUAUCCUACCAGGGGUCUUAGAGGAGUCUCAUGGGAAAUCGAGCAAGUGACCAGCGACCUUCCAAGUAUUCAUUCAUUCACACUGACUUUAUUAUAGUUCAGACUCUCAUCACCUCUCACUCAGACUCUUACAAUAGCUUCCUAAUUGGUCUCUCUGCUCUCACUCUUCCCUCUCCAAUCCAUUCUACACACAGCUGCCAAACUGGUGUUCCUCAAACACAGAUAUGACCAUAUUGCUACUUUACUUUGAAGUCCCUAUUAUCUCUAGGAUAAAGUACAAAAUUCUCAAUCCACCACUAAAAGGCCCCGUAUAAAUUGGCUAUCACCUACCUUUCCAUUUUUGAUUCCUAUUACUUCUCUUCACUGCAGGCUUCAUUGCAACUAGCUUGACACCACAUUCCAUCUCCUGUCUCAGCUUCUUUGCACAUUAUGUCUCCUGGGUCUGGAAUAUAUCCUCUCCUCAUUUCUGGCUCAGAACAUUCAUAGUUUCCUUCACAGUUAAACUCAGGUGCCAUGUAUUAAACAAAAUUUUCUUGAUCCUUGUAGUGACUUGUCAGUCAAUCAGUGAAAAUACUUAUUAUGUGCCAAGAAUUUCUAAGUGCUGGGAAUACCAAAAAAAAAAAAAAAAAAAAAGACAGACCCUGCUCUUGAAAAACUCACCUUCUAAUUUGCUGAGCAAGAGAAGAGCUACAGGGAAUUAAUGGACAAACAACUAUAUACAAACAAGCUAAAUACAUGAUAAAUUUGAAGUAACCAAUAAAAGGAAGGCACUAGAAUUAAGGGUGAUCAGAAAAGGCUUCCUUUAGAAGGUGGCAUUUUAUCUGGGACUUGAAGGAAGCCAGACAAGCUAAGAGGCAGAGAUAAGGAAGAAGAGAAUUCCAUGCAUGAUGGGGGAGGCGGGAACGAUAAAAGUGCCCAUAAUCAGGAGAUGCCCUGUUCAGAUCACAGAGUACCUGGGGGAGUGAAGACUGGAAAGUUGGGGGGAGGGGACAGGUUAUGAAGGGCUUCAAAGUCCUCCAAAGAGAGGGAUUUAUAUUUGAUCCUGAAAGUGGUAGAGAGCCACUGGAGUCGAUUGAGUAGGAGUAGGGAUAACAUGGUUCUCAUUUAUACUUUUGGAAAAUCACUUUCUCCCUCCCAAAAUUCCUUGAUCCAGAGCUGGAAGGGAUCAUCAAAGUCAUUAAGUUCCAAUCCCUUCAUUUUCCUGAGGAAAACAGAUUUGUAGUACUUUCUAUAUAAAGAGUAAGAAACAAUCUAUUCCUUCAAUCAGUUUAUAUCCUAGUAAGAAAAUAAGAUAUGCCAAAGUUGAAAGUUAAAGAAUAGCAAACAUUGGCCACACCCCUUCUUUUAUUCUCUUAAUCUAAUCCCCACUGAUGACAAAUAAAAUUUCUUGGUUUUAAA